AUAAUUUAUGACAAAAAUGUGAAAAACCUGAUCCUUAAAAGCACGUGUGGUCAAAGUGGCAAUAAUGCAAUUUUGGUGCAAAAAUGUGGUUGUUUAGAUGGAGCUCUCACUUUAUAUACCAUCGUCCAUCGCAUUGCAAGUACUUACAUCAAAGAUCAGAACCUGACAACUGAAAUUUUUUGUAUUUUUUAAGGUGAGAAGAUGGGGUCUUUCAGUGACGAAUACGACGUCAUAAUCGUCGGCGGUGGCGUAAUGGGUAGCUCCGCUGCACACCAGCUAGCCAAAAGAGGCCAGAAAACGCUCCUUCUGGAGCAAUUCGAUUUCCUCCACCACCGCGGCUCCUCCCACGGCGAGUCACGCACCAUAUGCCCGACUUACCCGGCGGACUACUACUAUCCCAUGGUAAUGGAGUCCUAUCAACUCUGGGGCCAGGCCCAGGCCGAAAUCGGUUAUAAGGUCCUCUUCAAUGCCCCGCACCUCGAUAUCUACCGAGAUUAUGACAAGCGCCUCCGUGAAACUAUCUCCACGUGGAAAAAAAACGGCGCUACGUACGAGAUCCUCCACGACGAGCUAGUCAAGGAUAAGUUCUCCGGCAGGAUUGACAUACCUGAGGACUGGAUUGGACUCUUCACCGAGGACGGCGGCGUGAUUAAGCCCACAAAGGCGGUGUCGAUGUUCCAAACGCUGGCGUACAAAUACGGCGCCGUUCUUAGAGACAACACCGAGGUGCUAAACAUAGAGAAAGAUGAGGUGAAAGGGGUGGUAGUUACCACAACUAAAGGUGAAAAGUUUUGUGGUAAAAGGUGUGUGGUGACGGCCGGGGCGUGGACGAGCAAGUUAGUUAAAACGGUUAGUGGGAUUGAACUACCCAUUCAACCCUUGGAAACCUGUGCCCUGUAUUGGAGGAUUAAGGAGGGGCAUGAGGCUAAGUUUUCCAUUGAAGGGGAUUUUCCCACAUUUGCUAGCUAUGGAGUGCCGUAUGUAUAUGGCACACCAUGUCUGGAGUACCCGGGUUUGAUUAAAGUAGCAGUCCAUGGCGGGGACCCGUGUGACCCUGACAAAAGGCCGUGGAAACCUGGGCAUAUGAUGGAUUCAUUGAAGCAAUGGAUUGAAAGGACAUUCAAGGGAAUGGUUGAUUCGAGUGGACCUGUUGCCACCCAACUGUGUAUGUACUCAUGGACCCCGGAUGAAGAUUUCAUUAUUGAUUUUCUCGGUGGGGGGUUUGGGAAGGAUGUGGUGGUUGCAGGUGGGUUUUCUGGUCAUGGGUUCAAGAUGUCACCGAUUAUUGGGAGGAUUUUGGCUGAUCUUGUGCUUACUGGGGAGGCAGAGGGAGUAGAGAUGAAGUACUUCAGGAUUGCUAGGUUUGAGGAAAACCCCAAGGGGAACUUCAAAGAUUUUAUGCAUUAAAGUGGCCUUUGGGCAAAUCUCGUGGGUCGGUUACUGGCGAGGCCAACACCAAUAAAGUUUAUUAAUGUCUGUUUAUUUAGGAUGCAUUUGAAAUUAUUGUGAAGUGUUGUGUCUGUGUUAAAUUAUAUUGUAUUUAUA